ACCUGACCGAUCACAUGUGACCUGCUAUCAUAAACAAACCAUGGCUGAUGCAGGCGUGAGGUAUCGAGACAAAGUCACAAUCGUCACCGGGGGUAGCACGGGCAUCGGGAAGGGGUGUGUACAGGUGUUCGUGAAGCAUGGAUCCAAAGUAGUCUUCUGUGCUAGAGGAGAGGCGGCAGGGCGCGCCCUAGAAAGCGAGGUGAACGCUGUGGGGCCCGGGGUAGCCACGUUCAUUCAGUGUGACGUCACUAAAGAAGAACAAAUCAAGAAUGUAAUUGACAAGACAGUGGAGAAGUAUGGAAGGAUAGAUUGUUUGAUAAAUAACGCCGGGCAGCACCCCCCUAAAACAGCGAUCGAUGACAUCACAGCAGACGACUUCCGGCGACUUCUUGAUAUAAACCUCGUCAGUUACUUCCUCUUUGCCAAGUAUGCGUUGCCUAACUUGAGAAAAACAGAAGGGAACAUUAUUAACGACACCAGUCUAGUGGCCCAGAUCGGGCAACCAGGGGCCGUCACGUACGUGGCUACCAAGGGUGGAAUUACAUCCUUUACAAAAGCCCUGGCAAUAGAUGAGGCAAAGCACAACGUUAGAGUGAAUGCAUUUUCCCCAGGAAAUGUAUGGACGCCAAUGUGGGAAGAAGAAACCAAACAGUACAGUGACCCGGAAUCCGCCAAAAAGAGCGGAGCGGACUGCCAGUUGAACGGUCGGUUCGGGACCAUUGAGGAAGCCGGACUACUCUGCCUGUUCCUAGCUACGGACGCCACGUUCUGUACCGGGAUAGACAUCAACUUAUCGGGGGGCGCCGAGCUCAGCUACGGAGUCAAAAACAUGCGACUCACCGCCCCCAAAUAGCUGUCGUGCAAUAUAAAAUUAUAAAUAUAUAACUGCCUGUAUUUCUACUUGUAUAUCAAUUAUAUUAAAGCAUUGUAUUUAAACCUUAA